AUGCUGGAGCCUGCGCUGACGCACGACGAAGAUCAUCGUGCUUUCAGGUCUGUGCGGGAUGAGGGCGGAACCUUUCUGGAAGUCAAGUCCGAAACUGCAUCGGCAGACGAGUUGGAUGCUGGCUAUGAGGAUGGCCUUUGCGACAUCUGCAUCUGGGCGGUGGCGCACAUUGCAGCGCAGUGCUGCGAUGCGGGGAGCUCUCCAUGGGAGAUCAGCUGCGAUCCGCACAAGCCCUCAUGCGAGAACAACGUCACCUACUCGCUCAUGCGGAGGAUAGCGCACACGCGGGAGAAGAAUCGGAAGAACCCCUGCUGGCAGGGCUCCCUAUUCUGCAGCGGGAGACGCGAGAUGUGGGACCGUGUUUGGAGCGACCUCACCGGGCUCGGCAACAUCCUUCAUGACUGGCAGAGGAUACGGCCCAUGAAGCCUAACGAAGCCCUGGCGGCAUUCGAGAUUUGCAGGCUGGACGUCUCGGAGACUUACGAUUGCGUAGGCGACGUGGAUGUGGAGGACGUUCAUCAAGGAAAGCUUCAGCAGCGCGACUUGCCCAAUAGCGACGUGAAGCUUCAGAAGCACAGGAAGAAGGUCUGCAAGGGUGCCAAGCUUUCCAAGAAGGACCUCUUCAAAGGCUGCCCUUUCGAAGACAAGCGGUGUUUGAAGACAACGAAACACUGGCGCACCAAGAGGCUUUGUUCUGGACUUUACCGCCCCAAAGGUGAGCACAUCACUGCUGAGUCGGUUAAGGCAUACAAUUACGACGGAGAAGAGGAAGAGGAAGACGAAGAUGAGGAUGACGAUGACAGCCCCAAGGAUGUCUCCCCCGAGGAAGCACAGAAGGAGGUGGUCAAGUUCGAGGCUGACGAGGAUUUGGGUUUCCCCGAGCUGGAGAUCACCUGGGAUGAAGCGUCCAAGGGUUGGACUGCUGCCAAUGGGAAGUUCAACAAAGAGAACAAUGACUGCCUGGCGGCGCUGGGGGAGGAGCCUAAUAUUGCGCAGUUCUUGGGCAACGGCACCAGCCAGAAGUUGGUGAAGGAGAUGUGCAUCUUCCUCCACCAGCUGGGAGAGUCCGACACAGAUGGCUCCUGGUUCCUGGAGAACGUCCCUGAGAAUGUGCGCGGAAUGCUACGGAAGGUCUACAGUGGUGCUUCCUUAUCUGGAUUCCUCUUCAAGUCGCUCCUGACUAUGCAGGACGAGCUUCAGAACGUCGGCUUUGGCUCCCAUUUGGUGAAGAAGGUGAACAAGGUCACCAGCAAGUAUGACCAGAAGGGUGUCAUGGCUUAUGAGACAAGGAACAUGGACAAGAAGAUUCAUUACAUCCGCCACUUCGUGCACAGCUACAAGGUGGAUUUGGAGACUGUGGAGGGGCUACAGGGCUGCGAGGAUCAGGCUGUCCCUCCCGACACUCCCGAGGAAUCCUGCAUCAAGAAGGCUGCUGAGAUUUUCCCUACCUACAACCACUUCUUCUACCGUAAGCUGGCGCUGGGCAGUCGAAAGAUGAUUUGCUACAGUCAGGACGCCGACGAAUGCAGCACCAUUGAUGCUGACGCCCGUGCCACAAAGAGCUUGGUGUCUCCUGCGGAUGGUCGAGUGAUCGUCUUUCCAGACUUCGUGCCUGCCUCCACAGGCUUUUGGGUGAAAGGCGAGCAAUUCCUGCUGCAAAGCUUAGUUAAGUUCAAUCACGACAGCGAUUACAAGUACUACGAACAUGGAGUUGCUUUCAUUGUCCGGUUAGCGCCUCAAGACUACCAUCGCUUCCACUUCCCUGUGGAUGGUAAAAUCAACAGCUUCGAGAACUAUCCGGGCAACUACUACUCGGUGAACCCAAUCGCGGUGCAGUCGACUGACCCCGUUUUCACGACCAACAAGCGAAUGCACGUCACCCUGGAUACUGGAGAGGACAACCUGGGCUGUGUGACCUACGUUUCUGUCGGCGCGACCAACGUUGGGUCUGUCAUGCACACGUCCUACGUAGGGCAGGACGUCCUGCGCGGAAUGGAGCAUGGCUACAUGGCCUUUGGCGGUUCCACUGUGCUCGUUUUCGUGCGCCGCGGUGUGCUCGACGUGGUGGAUCCCAUCAGGGACAUGAGUGCUGUCCCAGUGGAGACCAUCGUACACCUAGGAGAUGAGCUGGCAAAGCAGAAGGCCAAAGAGGACAAAGCUCGCUUACCUCCUUCCCCUAUGGCAACGAGCCCUUGCACGCGAUA